AUGAUGAAAACCGUAAGUUUGUCACUGCUCUGUGUCAAGAUUGAUUCAAAAAAUAAUUGGGUUGUUUUAUUUGUUUCAUCUUCUUUCGAAGCUUCCAAAAGCAUGUCUAAAGGUUUAAUAACAAUGUUUUUAAAAUUUGGUAUACUACAUCGACCGACACUAAUAAAUGGAUCGGAUACUAACGUAUUAAAUGAUUUACAAGAUCGAGGUUUAAAACUUGUUCUAUCAACAUUACCAGAAUUUUGA